AUGGCGAGGAGCGCGAUCACAUUAUCAUCGUCAAGGCCGAUUCCAUUACCACAAGAGCAAUACGAUGACCCAAUGGACACUUCGAAUGAGGAUCAGUGGCCAUCCCAGCAACCCAUAUCACGCGGCUAUGCCAACACCACAUCACCAGCCAGAGUAUCCUACGAUAGAUGCAGUCAAGCACGAGAUCAAUACGGCAAUUACUACCAUUUACAGCCUGGACGAGGCUUCAAGGAACACUCGCUAAGCACCUCGCCUUCGUGGCGCUGCACAGCGACAUCAUGCCAUCGACAGAGAGACUUGCAAGUCAGCCGCCAAUUCCACGAGCAGACCGCCAAGCUUCUGCACAAAGCCAACACGUUCGAAUUCCACUCGCCUCAGGCGCUCGAAAUGCCCAUCCAGCUGAGCCGACAGGCUGUGAGCUAUCUCCAGAGGGUCUGCGUAGACGACAGCUGGGCCUUCCAUGAUCGGUUUGAAGAGUCUUCGAAACCGUAG